AUGAGAUCUGAGGAGGAAAAACGAGGAGAAAUUGAAAGGCAUUACUAUGACGUGGCCCUUGAAACCAUUAAGCUAGUCUUUUUGAGAGGUCUUAACCUCAUUCAGGAAAACGUGAGUACAACAUCAUUGGGUACAGCCUCCACAGAUAUGCCCUUGUCACUGCUUCAAUCGACGUCGCGUUCAUUUGUGAUGGUGAAUGGUUGCCAACCUGCAUCUGGGACACCGAUAACAAUUGAUCAACGCUUGUCAACCAGUUCUCUGUAUACUCCUAAUCCUUCGAUUGGGGUAACUUCUGGGAGUGGAUACUCUAUGAUUCGAGGGAAUGUGCUUCUUGAGAACGCCUUUACUUUUGCCGUGAGCAUUACCACAAAAUCUAGCAGCGAUGUCUUGUUGUACGUGGGAGUUUCUUCCGAGACGGAGCUUUUCACAGAUCCCCAAAAGGUGGUUCAUUGUAAGAAAACGUGGGCAUUGUGCAGCCACGACGCCGCAGAAACCAAUAGUGUCAAUUGUUCUGUGGAGCCUGGGAUGGUAUUUAGUUCUGGACAUAUUUUGUUUGGUUCAGGCGAUCUUAUUAUUGUUCAAUUGGAUCGCCGUGAGGGCACAGCAUCCUUUUCUCGUAUUAGAAGUGGAAAGUCUGUUGAGUUCGGCGUUUUAUUUGAAACAAUUCCUGAAGGGGAGAAGUUACGACCGUUCGUUUUGGCUGGUGCAGACACUGUCGUGGUGUUUUCUUUUCUGAAUUCGCGGGUCUUUCCUGCGAGGAAUAUCUUUCCUUCUGGGGGGAUUGCUGACCGGGAAAGUCAUUCCUCGUGGGUGCAUUGCAGCUCCUGUGAAGUGGGGUUGUCGAAGUUUUGGUACGAAAGCGAGGGAGGUAUAUAUUUGUGUCAAGAAUGCUUCAACAGUUGGCAGUUUCCCAAACUUAUGUUUCACUACUUUCGGGUGGAAAAUCCACUUCCAGACUACCUUGUCUCGAGACACAGUCCGAAGGAACUGAUUCUUGGUGACAUUGUUGAAUUUGUGGAGAACAACGUACUUACAUGGUCGGAGGAAAGAGGCGUCAACGUAAAGGUUGAAGGCGCUGUCUGCUUGGCGAAGAAUGACGCAGCUUUUGCCAUGCUUGGGCCUCUCAAUUCGUUUAGUAACCAACGUGUUGAUAUUUCGCUGGGGCAUGUUGCAGGCGUGGGAGGGUUUUCAUUUGGUGGGCUGCAACCCUUUAGUGUGCAGUGGCGAGUUGGGAAUAUCUUGAAGUCGAGUAGUCGUGUGGAGAGUGAUACGCUUCUGGUAAGCUCAACAGUGAUACCGCACGGUACACGUGUUGUACUGGAGUUAAAGUUUGCUGCUGAGGAGGGAGCUCGCUUUUUAAACACAGCGGGUUUAUUUCUGGGGGUAACAAAGCUUGCGCGUGAUUAUCGUCUCAUCAACAUGGCUGAACUUGACCGUUGCAUUGCAGAACACGAUGUGUGGGGCAUAUGGUGUGAUGCCAACACAAAGGUUUCAUCCUCAAUCACAUUAUACCUUCUUGUGGACACCAACAGGGUUUCUGUUUUGGUGAGUUCCUCCCUCUUGGGUCUUCAGAUGCACCCUGUUGUGGUCUCAUGUACGGGCCUUACCGAGGAGGAAACGAGUCUCCGCGUUGCGGUUUACUCUCGUGAUGCUUGUGUUCUCACAGCUACUAGUGGAUUUUUGUCUGCAAAUAAUAGUGUUGUGGAACCAAGUCUUUCACCUGUAGCGGUUGGAUUUAUUCACGAGGAUGCUAUUGGACCCUCAACAGAUGUCAUGCAUUCCUCAUGUUUUCUCUUUGACACUGUUGCUCACACACUUGCACACGCUUCCGCAUCGUGGCAGUUCGCGCCACUUGUGACGGAGGAGGGUUUAGGGAUACUUUUUGCCAUUGACGAUACUCUUACUAUAACACGCGAUCAGAAGGGGGUGACUGUUUACCGAAAUGGAUUGCUGCUUGCCACUCGCACAUUAACGGCGCACGACAAUUUGAAACCCGAACAACUUGUAAUUUACUUUUCAACGCGUGGAACGUUUGCGACGCUUGUCCCACCACUUUACGGGAAGUCGCACCUGGGUAAGGUUGUGCGAAGCUACGGCAACGAUAUUGGCAUUGUGGAGUGUUUGUGCCCAUGUCCAGGGAAGCGACAAUACGCUGUGCGGGCCAAAGAUGUCCGCUUUUGUGCUCUUGCCGCAGAUUUUACUGGACUGAAGCCGGAUUCUCGGGUGGCAUUCAAAGCUGGAAGCCUUAGUGUACCGAGGCGAGGCACUGUGAUGUUGAUUGAAAAUAACUCCGUCAAUGUACGUGAUGAAGAAGAGACACGGACGUGGUUUUCGCUUCAAUUGUCUUCUUUAUAUAUUGUGGACAAUGAGGGGCCUCACCAAGUGCUUCAAGGAUUGUAUGCUCUCCCCACGCUACCGACAAGCACAGUUACGCGUGUGUUUGAAGUUGGCAGGACAAAGUACCGACCACAACGCAAUGGUUCUUACAAUGGAAUUAUGUUUGACCUCCUGGCACACGAUACGAUAGUGCUGACGGGGUUGUCUGUCAUGACGCAUACAACUGGACGACAUAGGGUGGAUGUGUUUUUUAAGAAGGGCUCGCAUCAUAUGCAUGAACGUGAGGCAACAGCAUGGACCAAAGUGUUUUCCAACUUUGUCGAUAUGCACUCGGAGCGUCAGUUUACUGUUAAAUUUAGUGGCAUACAAAUUGAGUCGAAUGCAACUUUUGCUCUCUACAUCAAUGCAACCCACAAUUGUGGCAUUGGGCAUUACUCCAUAGAAGAUGGCUGUUCUGGGGCUAUUUCCAGUACAAUGGACUCGGAUGGCAUUCUUACAGUUUUUGUGGGACGCAUAAGUGAAAGCAGCUCACCCUUUUUGGAAACUGUUUCUACCCCGCGGGGCUUUUGUGGCUCCAUCAUGUACACGCAGAACAAAGACACGAGGCCAGCACUCAUUGAACGAGCCCCAGCGCAUUUGGAAACUGUACACGAUAAUAAUGAUGGAUAUGACGAUGUUGUUUUUCUCCAAAGCCUUCCCGUCUCAACAUGUGCGGUUUCAAACAUGGAAUUUGUUAUGGAAGUCUUUGAUGAUCCCGUUUUGGUUCGGAAAUUUGUCUUUCCAAUUCUUAUCGGUGCUGGUGUUAAGCAAACUAAAGGUCGGACGCAGCUCGCCUUGUCACUGUUUUAUUCCCUGUUGGAUAACCUUUCUGUUGAUGCAGAAAACACGGAGCGGAAAUGGGUUUGGGUCUACUACGCCAUGAAGCCCCUUCGAAGCGACAUGUAUGAACUCUGCAUGGAUGAUCUCGUUCUUUUGUUGAAGCAGGGUCGGUAUAUUUUUACAGCCAUUUGCUCAACAAUUGAGGGGUCUUUGGAGGAGAGAAAAAGUGCCAGGCUUUCAUGUUUUCUGCAACCCAGCGACACGCAUUAUACAGUAAAAAAUAGCUUUUACAGUGUGCAAGGCUUUGUGGGUGACAUUGUUGCCACUACCACAAGUAAUAUCAUAGCAUGUAAUGAAGUUUGCUCUAUUUUUACUGGGGGACGUUUGAAUCAAAACAAUUCCGCAUCAUACAAUGGAAUUAUGUUUGACAUCCGUAGCAGACGGGAUAUUUUGCUGGAAGAAAUUUUUUGUGUUGCACAGACAACAACAGACAACGUGAAUGUGAAAGUCUUUUGGAAGGAGGGUAGUAUGCAAGGUGCCGAAAAAAUGCCACCUCAAUGGCAGGAAGCUAUUUCUAAAGAUAUGCACCUCUCCGAUAAACAGUUCUUUUCCCCUGGCCCACUUAACUUGCAUCUUCGGGCAGGGCAGGUGUACGCAAUUUACGUUAAUACAACUUCAAGUUGUGGUGUACGUUUUUACAACCGCAGUGAUGGCCAUUUGGGGGAUGUUGGGGAUGAAUUUGAGGAUGAUGGGAUGCUGACAAUUUUUGUAGGUAAGAAAAGUGAGUCACCGUUGCCGUUUACAGAAAUUCCAGCAGAACCGCGGGCGAUUCGAGGGCGUAUCACGUAUCGGACCUUUAUCCAAAAGGCGCCCUUGACGCGAAACCAUGCCGUUUUUCCUGCAUUGAGAGGCUUGGUGGUGGUACGCAUCUUGGCAGCAUUGAUUGCCUACGUUGGUGAUGCCUCUUUUGCCGCCACCCUGUUUGAGGACGAAACCGUUAUUGGUGUCCUUGCAAAACUUGCCACGGCGAAUACAACGAACUCUUGCGACAUGGAAGUGGCAGGAAAUCUGCUAAGUAGCACUAUGAAGGGGAACUUUGUUGAUGAAUUGCGUGAUGGCGUGGUUAUUCUACCACUUUUUGCGCAAGAGACUGCACGCUUUAGUUCCUUUAGUAAAGGGGACCUUGCUCUAGUGGCAAAUACCGGUGAUGCAGACCUUUCAGGUCAGCUGGUUCGUCUUGCUGAGGACCCAGAUGAGAAUUGGCGUGUGUUGGCGAGGUGUGAGUCUAAUCCCAAUCAACAUGUGACACUUUCCGUGGAUCAUUUACUUCCUAUCAUUAGUUGCGUGGAUUGCAAUCAACCUUUUUCUACGCAAGAGAUUUGCUACAAAACUGGAAAAAAACAUAUGCCCUUUUUGCGUGAGGAUGAGCAACUUAUUAGUGUCUUCUCAAGAUACUUAAUUAUGCAGGGAUCUUUGAAUGCGGAGACCAGUGCGGCAUGUGUGAAAUCUCUUGUGCUUGAUCCCACAUCUCAUACAUGUUGCGUGGAUUUACAAAUUCCUACGGCACAAAUAGAAGGUGGUGUCGCUGUCACUUGUGAUGGUUGCAUCUUGGAGUACACGAUAUCUCCUACUCUUUUACUUGAGGGAAAAGAGGACGUAAAAUCACUAGGAUUUGUUUGUCCCUUUACAUAUCAUGAAAUUAUGGGGGCAUUUGUGUCCGUUUCCUUUACACGCGUUUCAGGUGUUUGGGAGAUGAUUUUUAUUUCGGAUCUUCCACUCCGUCUUGGCGUCGAUACCCCUGUGAGAUUUUUCUUUUUGUCACCAGAGGUUAUUCUUCGAGAUGGCACACGACAGGAAUUAUUCUCAGCAUCAAAAAUGUACUGUGCUGUGAAAGGGGGUCCCAUUCAUCACAAAUUACCCACAUUGGUGUCUCUGCUACACUACUCGUGUAUCUCCAGCGAUGGUUGCAUUCAUUUUUCCUUGAGUGUGAAGGAAAUGGAUUUUCUCGCUACACCGCCUUUGGCCCUCGCGUCAGUGCAAAGCUGGACGUGGGAGGGUGGCCGUGAGUCAGCCCAGCUGCAGCCAAGCAAAAGUUGUGCCUUGCAAGGUCCAUUUGAUUUUGCAAAUUGGCCAGCAGAGCGACCUCGAUUCUGGCAGUUUUCAGUGACCUCGGAAACAAACGAAAAGGUUUUUUUUCUGGAGGUUCAUUUUGUUAUACCUAAGUCAAUUACUACCGUAUUUUUGGGCACAAUCCGAAAUCAUACUAUUCGGUGCAGUUUUAGUCUUUCUAGGAAUGAAGUGCUUAGUCUUGCACUUACAGUUGAUGGUGAUUUUUUGAUUUACGACGAGGAUGACAACAUACGGUGUCACGUUGCAAUGGAGGAUCUUCAGUUGGGCUCUCCGAAGGGCUUAUCACCAAAGAUAGCUCUUAUGAAUGUGGGGUCGGAUGCAGUGACGGUUCAUCUGCAUGCCCCAAGUGUUAUCAAGGGUGCUAGACCCGUCAUGUGCCUCACUGAUGACGCAACAGAUCCUUGUUCUUACGUCCCCAAGUGGGUUUCCUACGAACCGCUUAAUGUGAGUAUUUCCAGGAAUGGUCUCACGGCCAGAUGUUGUAAAGAAGGAGGCCAAGCCGUUAUUGGAUCACCUCUUCCAAUGACAGGAUCAUCCGCAUUUGUCAUUCAAAUGGAUCGUUCGGAUCGUGCACGUGGGGAUUCACUGGGGUCUGGACAUUUUGCGGGUAUUGUGACGUCGACGUUUCAUCAACUGACGCCACACUUUGGAUCCAUGUGUAAAGAAGUUGACAGUGUCUGGGCUGUGCAAGACGUGUAUGAUGCCGACUCGUUACCGACGCAGGAGCUUAUUCCUCCUCUUGGGCCCUCUAGCAAUCAAAUGUUUUUGGUCGGAACACAUUUGCACUUUCUUUUGAAUCGUGAAGAUGGAACCCUCUCGUUGGCACGAGACAAUGAAUCACCAAGGGUUGUCUUUCGUAACGUACCCUCGAAUUUGCCCUUGUCGCCCUUUGUUCGUUUGGAUCACGCCACAGCGUCGGCGACCAUAUCGGCCUUUUCCUGCACAGCGUGGGGCAAUGGAGGGAUUUUAACUUCACCGUCUAUGAUACUCAGUUCCCAGCCUAUCACACCCACGAUUCUUCGUCGUCUUCCGUAUAGUGUGGUGUUUUCCAUGUUUUCCGUGUUUCGUCAUGUUGUUGGGCUUCUACCAUCUCAACAAGUAAGUCUUGUCGAAGAGGCUUGGAGUGAUCGCUUUAACUGUUCCCGCUUUGCUUACCGAUUAACACGUGCCGUUCAAGUACUUGUGGAGGUGGGUGCUUUCUCAAGGCGCAUGGCCUACGUAGAGGCAGAAGAGGCGGAACUUUUUUGUGUUAGAGAGGAGGUUCAAAAAGUUAUCCGUGGUCUCUCUGAAUCCGAGCAAAAGGCUGUGGUUAUUCAUUCCCCUGGUGGGGGUGAGGAUAAUGUCAUUCUGCUUUUGCCAGACAAGUACGAGGUAAUCGGAUAUAGGAACAGUGAUUGUAUGAUACACCUCUUGUAUUUUGCCGAGGACGGUCCAAGGGAACGAACACUUCACCUUUUUCGCUUUGAUGACAGCGAGGUAUUUAUCAAUCCCUGUAACCUUGUUACGAGGCAUGUAUGCGUGAUGCACCAAGAAGAAAUUAUUCAACCCCUGGGAGAUUCCUCUUGGUGUGGGAUCAUAACAUCUGGGUGGUACGACUGUACCAUGGAUUCGGUGCUUGUAGAUACACUUAAUGAGUGUCAACAGAGGGUUAUUGCAAUGUCACUCGUUGGUGCCUUGGAACACUGGCACUUGCACCACUUGCCUCAUGGACACGUGAGUUCCAAGAAUGUGUACCUUCGAAUAGUUGGGGAGAAUGUGGUUGCAUGCACCUUGUGGAAUGUUCACUGUUUGCUUCGGCAGGAUCCUUGUGCCUCUCCUGGGCUGCGACUUUAUGGAAGGCGGGAUAUGGAAAGUGACAGGUGGAGUUGCGCUUAUGUUCUUACUAAGCUUUCGUGUCUAUUGAAGGCAGGUUCCAAAUUUAGCAACGUAUUGAAGCUUUUACGGAACCAAAGUUUGACUUUUUCAGAGGUUCUUGACCAAGCAGGAAUUUUUGCGGAGGAAUUGAAGCGGCCCGUGGAAGGACAGGUGCUUUGCCUUCGAACAGGGGACCACCUUGGCGCAGGGGCUGGCUCAUAUAAUGGUAUCAUGUUUGACGUGGUCGCCAAACACGUCAAGGUGAAUGUGACAAAAUUGAGUUUUGUUCCCGAUACGACAAGUUUGACUCGCGUGUCUCUGUUCAUUCAUGAUGGAACUUUUAUGGGUGUGGAAACUGAAAGCACGGAUUGGCGGCUUGUUCUAGAUCAAGAGAUAAAGCUUCUUGACAAGCGCGAGACGGAGUUAACAGACUUUGAUCCCAUUCCUAUUCCAGCUGGGGAACGUGUGGCAUUCUUCCUUCACACGACAAGUGGCAAUGGUGUGCUUUUUUACUCUGAAACGGAUGGUGUGAGAGCGAAUAUGGCAGCUGUGGAGGAAGAGAAUGAACACAUAGGUAUUACGGUUGGAAAGAAAUCGGAGAAUGUGGUACCUUUUAUGGGCAUUCAGAAUCAAAAACGAUUACUGAGAGGCAGUAUUACGUACAUGCUACCCUCGCAGACCGGAGGAUACAGGAGCUCAGUGAUAACAAGUUUAUGUGAGAGCCAAACUCUUUUGCAGGAGCAACAACCUCAAAAUCCGUUUGGGAGCCCUGCGAUUGUGGCUGGAUCCCGCCCUGGUUUGGUACUCGAUUUGGAUGAAGACGAGUAUCUUGUCUUCACAGGUGAAAAUUGUGAGUGGUUGCACAGACAUCUCAUCAGGAAGGUCAGCUUUAUGGAAUCCUCUGAGUUUGUAAAACUGGAAUUGGCCCUUCACCAAAUCCUCUGCAAGAGGCGAAAACCUCCAUGGGCGAUGCGGCAUCAAUACUCGUGCAAUCAUCCCCUUAUCUUUCACAAACGAACGCAGUCAACUACGGACAAUGAAGCAUUGCAUUCGACAGGGGUAUGGUGGGUCUCUGAUCCCAUCACGGUUUCCUGCUUUGUCUCGGUAUGGCAAGUUGUCUCCAUGACAGAGACUUCAUUACGCCUAUUAACAUCAGCAGAGUUGGUUUCACUUUCAACUUCCACCCUAGAAAGUGUCUUGAAUCAUGGACAGGCCUUUUUGCACAUUGACGAAUGGGCACGAAGCGUGAUUUCAUCGGACGACACGCCUAAAGUGGUGAGACGAUUGGCGUGUAGUCUUGCUGAAGAUCAUCUCUAUUUGGUCUUUGGUCCCACAGGCUCAGUCGCCGUGAAUGCCCCACUGGUAGCUUAUCUUAAUCGUCGUACAGAAGAUGUAACUGUCAAACCCGCGACUGCUACAGCCGCUCUUGUUUCAGUCCGUCCAGGUGCAUGCUUUCAGGAGCACUUUCUCUUUAAGGGCGCAAUGUUAAAAUGCUUUUCCGAAGAUGGUAAAACACCACUGUUUUCCAAAGCAGCUUCUGUCGCGUCUCAGAGAGCUAUUCGUGUUACCCAACUGCCUUCCUUGUAUCCACAGAGGCAAGUGUCAGCGAAUAGGACGACGAAGUCGAUAACAGCGAUGAUGGAACAGCGGCAGCAUCUCUCACACUUUUUUUUGGAAAUGGGAUCGCGGGAGAAUUGGAUCAGUCAAGCUGUCACAAUACAUACUCAAUUUGCGCCCCUUGAGGUGUCUAAUCGAUGCGUUCGGCAAACAGCACACGGUGGUCCUUUUAACUGCAUUGUGGCCAAACCUUUUUUUGGUGGAGAAAAGAUUCACGAAGUGGAACUUUCUAUCAUGAGUUCAAAUUGCCACUCGGUUCAGCUAAGCUUUCAGCAUUUACCCACGGGUUGGUCUCUUCCAGUCCCACUGCCACUGUUUAAGCAUUAUGAAGAUUCCUACCUUUCUUCCUCGGGGGGUGUUCAAUGUGUUCAUCUUUUUAUGCGUGUGUCUUCACAGGCAAAACGGGCCUUUGCAUCAGUCAAUGGUGGAAUGAUUUACGAAGUCAUUCCAAAUGCUGAUUGCCCCUCGGAGUUUCAGUUAGCCAUUUCUCUAUCUGGUAUUGCCUCUUCGGUCCGGGUCCUGCGUUGGUGCGUACUUGAUAAAGUUGCUCCAAUCAUCUCACAGGAUUUGCUAGAGACGGUGUGGAACCGAUUAGGGGUGACAUGCAUCUCUCCCAAUGUAUCUCACUUUGUAGGGGCGUUGACGAGACAUUCGCGAGCAAACUUAAAUUUGACCGCCUCGCGUAAGAGAGACAUAAGUCUUGUCUCUCAGAUAGAGGCUGCCAUGGUGUUGUAUGCUAGGCAACUUUUAGGAAAAGUCAUUUUGAGGUUCAAGGCACCGAGUUUAAACGAAAAACCGCAUUUAUUACUUCCAUUUACACCGUUGCGUGGGGAUUUGUUGGCCUUGGAAACGCUUGUUGGAACAGAAAUGCGGAGGUCAUCCUUUUUUUUGCUUGCAUCUGCGUAUGCCUGCCUUGCAACGCCAACAGUGGCUCAGAACGUAGAAAAGGUGGAGACAAGUGUCAAUCUUAUCUUUGUCUCCUUAAGCAAUGAGAGUGUUGUCCAAUUUCUUUCCACCGCAUUUGGUUCAACGUUAACUCUCUUGCUGCUUCGUACCGCCACUAUAUACACUCGAUCGAUUAGGCAUAUGGCACUUCGUGGCGUUCUUCAGUUACUCAAGAUGGAUCAAUGCGCUUUGCCUUCGCAUGAGGUCCUCUGUGCAUCCUUUGAUCCUCUGCUGCGGAUGAUGAAUGGCCUGUGUUGGAAAGGGAGAACCUCAUCUGUUGUAGUACAACUUGGUAUUUCACUCAUUUGCGAGCUGAUACGACGCUAUCAAUUGGAACGUCCGACACUAACACCGCCGGGAAAGAAGUCAGCUGUUCCUUACGCGGUAGCUGCCGCUACAAAAAUUGCACUUUAUGCUAUUACAAGCAAUCCGCCUGCUCCCUUACCGUAUGCCUUUACCGCUGAGCCUAAUGAAGUGCAUCGUAUUGAGUAUGAAUUGCGUACAGGAACCGCCUCUAAUAAAGGAGUUGGAUUUUGCUAUGGGGUGUUUAGUGAAACAUUUCGCCCUAGCUUUGGAUCAAAGCGUUUUGAAGUGGUUUUAAAUCCUGCACGGAAAGGGAACGUGGUUGUUGGGUGGGAAAUGGAUGCAAACUUACCUGGAUCUCGUGCUUCCAAGCCAGCUCAGGCGGAAGAGAUGUCAAGAAGAGUUCAAUUACCCUCCUGCGGAUAUUCUAUUGAUCCUGGCGGUAAAGUUUAUGCUUGCCUUAGUCAUAAAAGAGAGUCUCAGCCUCUGAAAGCUCGAGCAAAAGGGGGAGAUGUGCUGAUUGUGAAAUGUUUGUACCAUGAAAAGGCUGUUAUUGUAACACAUCGGCGCGGUUUACGCAAUGAAAGUGUCACCCGAUUUGAGACAGACCCUAAUGAAACCCUGGCGCUUCCUGUGUAUUUUGCGGAGCGAGAGGAGGAUGCAAUCUUCAAUGGUGAACACCUUGCGGACGUUUCUGCAGGCAUGAGUGCUACCCAACUCUACGAUAGAUUACAAGAAUUUCCCGAUCGUCUUGAUACGGGGGUAGUUCCUCAGUCGUAUGAUUUUUAUGCGGAGUUGUCUUUUUUUUGUCAAACCGUGGUGAGUUCAGAAAAGCUUUGUGCUUCGUCUCAAAAUGACGCCGUCAUAACAGUUCACGCACACGAUUUAGCUGGGCUUCCAUUUUUAUCGGAGUUUCUUGGUGCUGGCGCAUUUAGCAGUGAGGUUCCAUUGGAUUCUUUGGUUCCAUAUGUGAAGCGGCUACAAAUUUUUGAUGUUCUGACCUCAGUCCUUUCUGUUGUGGUGGAUCUCCGGCGAAGGACGGAGUUAUUUGAGUUAUGGAGAAAACUUAAAUUUUUAUGUUCUGCGGAGUCUUCUGAAAAAAUUCAAAAUGACACAAUGCGACCGUUUCGAAAUCGUUCAGGGCAUAAAGCGAGUGUGAUUAUUCAUACAAUGCAGGCAAGCCCUUUGAUGCGUCUGGGACUGUAUCCAACGCUUAUGCGUUCCAUCUUUGGUCAAUUGUUUGUGCAGCUUCAGAAAAGCCCGAUUUCCACGUUUUAUGCCUCCCCUAUGUUUACCGUGAAACUUGCAGGAUUUGGUUCAACAGAUGCUGGUGGGCCCUAUCGUGAUAUCCUUUCACAGUUAGCCACAGAAAUUAUGACGACGCACCCAAAUGGGGCAUUUCAGUUAAAUCCUCUCUUCGUGCAAUGUGGUCGUGGCGGGCAAUCUGCCGUGAUGCCCAACGCGUCCAUGGCUCUCAACUCUCAGUUGUCGCUUAUGUUUGAGUUUUUUGGGAAGCUUCUUGCAUCUUGUUUUCUGACAAAGGAUCUUCUUGCCGUGAAGUUUCCACCGCUGUUUUGGAAAUCUUUGCUUGUAGAGGAAACCACAUGCCGGGAUCUCACUGCCAUUGACCUUGACAUCAUGCGCCAAUUGACCCCAGAGGAACUUAUGGACCUAACCGCGGACGAGCUUGAGGAACGAUUUCCAGGCAUUUUAGAAAAUUGGUCUCUCUUUGUGACUGAGAAUUCUCAUCUGAACCUGGAAGCGGAGAUUCCACCUUCGACAAUUCGCUCAGCAAGGAUACUCGGCGAACAUAUUUCUAUGCUUGAGCUCCACAAGUACGACACAGCACUGAACUACAUCCAGCGUGGCUUUGACGAGGUGGUGCCGCUGUACACACUUAACGCGUUUCGUUGGCAACAGGUUGAGUUGAUGAUAUGUGGGACACCAAAACUCUCAUACGACGCAUUACUGGAGGUGUGUCAAGUGACAUUGCCUCCUAGAGAUGCACGUAUGUUUUUGGAUGUUCUCGCCUUCAUGACAGAUGAAGAUCGAAUGCUGCUGUUGCGAUUUACCACCGGUCAAACACGACUACCACUGCGGGAAUCCAUUAAAGUUCAACAGAGUGGAACGCAUGAUUCCCUCCCAACCAGUAGCACCUGCUUCUUUACACUUCGUUUGCCUUCAUACUCUUCGUAUGAUGCCAUGCGUGAGAAGAUUCUCUACGCAAUUCGACAGUGCAAAGCGAUUGACACAGAUGGGCAGGCACGGGAACAUAUAAUUCUAGACAAUUGA